AUGACAACUAUAAGGUGUUUACUCAUGAUUGCAGCCAAAAGAGACUGGCAUGUGUCUCAAUUGGAUGUCAACAAUGCAUUCUUGUAUGAUGAUCUUCUGGAGGAGGUGUACAUCAGAUUUCCAUCAAGUUUAACACCUCCUAGUCCUAAGCAUGUUUGUUUUCUAAGGAAAUCACUAUAUGGAUUGAAGCAAGCUUCUAGGCAAUGGUAUGCCAGGCUUGCAGGGGCUUUGACUUUUAAGGGGUAUUCUUCAUCAUUAAAUGAUUACUCUUUGUCCUUUAAACGUAUAAGAAACCUAAUAUCUAUUCUAGCUGUGUAUGUAGAUGAUAUUCUACUUACUGGAGAUGACUUGGAAGAAAUUCAACAUAUCAAAGAUUCGGGACAGGGGAUCCUUCUCUCAGCAGCACCAUCAUUUUCCUUGCUUGCAUUUUGCGAUGCAGAUUGGGCCUCUUAUAAGGAAUCUAGAAGAUCUAUAAGUGGGUUUUUCAUCACACUAGGAGGAGCACCUAUUUCUUGGAAUUCAAAGAAGCGAGUGUCAAUUUCAUUAUCAUCUGCAGAGGCAGAAUACAGAUAUAUGAGAAGAGUAACUACAGAACUUACUUGGCUUGUUCUAUUUCUUGAAGAACUCUCUGCACCAGUAAACCUUCCUAUUCCUCUUCAUUAUGACAGCAAAGUAGCCAUUCACAUCGCUCGUAACCCCGCCUUUCAGGAAUGCACAAAACAUGUGGAGAUUGACUGUUAUUUUGUGCGUCAACAGUUCCUUUUCGGCCUAAUUACUCUAUCUUUUGUUCCUUCUAAAAACCAAUUGGCGGAUCUUUUUACAAAGCCACUUUCAGGGGUUUCUCACUCAGAAAUUUUGAGCAAAUUGGGGGUCACAAGGUUACCCUCCAACUUGAGGGGGAUGUUGGGAAGAAGAAACCCCAUUCUAAUUAUAGGAUUCAUGAAGUUCUGCUCAAGAUAA